AUGGACCUAAUCAAGCAAGGACUCUCCAUCGCCCAAGACCCCAAAUACUCACGCUGGAUAUGUCCGCUCCUCCUCCUAGCAGACGGGGCGCUCUGCAGCCUCGUCAUCUGGAAAGUGCCCUACACCGAAAUUGACUGGAAAGCGUACAUGGAGCAAGUGGCGCAGUACAUUGACGGCGAGCGCGACUACACGCAAAUCAAGGGCGGCACGGGGCCGCUCGUGUACCCGGGCCUGCACGUCUACAUCUACAGGCUGCUGUACGGCCUCACGGGCCAGGGUCGCGACAUCUUCUCCGCGCAGCUGAUCUUCGCCGUGCUGUAUCUGGGCACGUUGGCUGUGGUUAUGGCGUGCUAUCGGCGCGCGAAGGUCCCACCGUACGUCUUUCCGAUGCUUAUCUUGUCGAAGCGGUUGCAUAGUAUCUUUGUCUUGCGCUGCUUCAAUGACUGCUUUGCCGUUGCGUUUUUCUUCCUUGCGAUCUAUGCGUAUCAGAACCGCAUGUGGACCGCUGGCUCUAUGCUCUAUUCUUGUGCGGUUGGCGUCAAGAUGAGCGCUUUGCUGGCUUUGCCCGCUGUGGGGUUUGUUCUGCUACAAGGCAUCGGACAAGAACGAGCUUUAACGCAGGCUGGCCUCAUAGGACAGUUGCAGUUGCUCUUUGGGGUUGCUUUCCUCCGAUCCAAUGCUAUAGGUUACUUGUCUCGCGCCUUUGAACUCACGCGCGUCUUCCUCUACAAGUGGACUGUCAAUUGGCGCUUCCUCUCUGAGGAAACGUUUUUGUCGAAGAAUUUCUCGAUUUUUCUACUCUCAGUACAUGCCCUGCUACUAUUGCUCUUCGCCUCGACCCGGUGGAACAAGCCAGCCCAGCGGACCCUGCCAGAGAUCGUUUCUCUGAUCUUCAAGGUACCAGCCGACCAGGAAUUAAUCGCGAAGCGCGUCAAUCCCCGAUUUACCAUGGCUACUAUACUCUCCGCCAUUGCUGUGGGGAUGCUCUGCGCUAGGUCCCUCCACUACCAGUUCUAUUCCUGGAUAGCUUGGGCGACUCCUUUCCUCCUCUGGCAAGCUGGUUUCCAUCCGAUCCUCCAGUAUGCGCUUUGGGCAGCGCAGGAAUGGGCGUGGAACGUCUUCCCAAGCACGCCGGCGAGCUCGGCCGUGGCUGUGGGUGUGUUGGCAGUUCAGGUGGCUGGUGUAUGGUGGGGCAUGAAGAAGGAGGGAAAGAAUACAAAGCAAAAAGCGCAUAGCGAGUAA